GUCCCCCGAGGGCGCGCAUUUCCGGGCCGCCCACCACCCGGAUCGCGUCGGCAGCCUCGCCCGCCUGCUCCGUGGCCCAGCCGCCCCGGUCCCUGCCCGAGAUGCCGGUCGACUUCACCGGGUACUGGAAGAUGCUGGCCAACGAGAAUUUCGAGGAGUACCUGCGCGCCCUGGAUGUCAAUGUGGCCCUGCGCAAAAUCGCCAACUUGCUGAAGCCAGACAAAGAGAUCGUGCAGGACGGGGACCACAUGAUCAUCCGCACGCUGAGCACCUUCAGGAACUACAUCAUGGACUUCCACGUCGGGAAGGAGUUUGAAGAGGAUCUGACCGGCAUAGACGACCGCAAGUGCAUGACCACGGUGAGCUGGGAUGGGGACAAGCUCGAGUGUGUGCAGAAGGGCGAGAAGGAGGGCCGCGGCUGGACCCAGUGGAUCGAGGGAGACGAGCUGCACCUGGAGAUGAGGGUGCAGGGCGUGGUGUGCAAGCAAGUGUUCAAGAAGGUGCAGUGAAGCUCCGGCGGAAGACCCUGGUGUCAAGCAUCGAGUGGCUCGGAUGUGGGAGCCAGGAGCACACACGCCCUCCCCCGCCCCUCUGCACAGCUCGGGGCAGAUUGUCCAGCCUCCCCUCCAGCAUCCGUCAGCAGAGUCUGGCUCUUGUCUUUGUCUCGUUCCUUAAAAUGAAGCUGUCUCAAUAAAAGUGAUCCCGGUCCAA